GAGAAGAAAAAUGCAUAUCUCUGUGACUCUGAUACGUUUCUCUCACCUCUUCCGUGUCUCUCUCCUCUUCUGUUGCCUGUCUCCGGGCGCAGAACGUUAGGAGCUAUAGAACAUAGCUUUUACGCCAAUUGAGUUCCUCGGUUUCGCUUUCCUGAUUGAUCUACUCCUCUUGAUUCAAAACCAUUGAAUGGCAGCGCCUUUAAUGAUUUAGGACUUCGUCCCCUUUCCCUUCUUCCUUUUUGACAGAUCGAUGAUGGAUCUUUAACUUUUAAGAGUUUGAUUUGUGGUAAUCGAGGGGGCCCUGUUUGUCAAUAGAGAUUAAAAAUCUGUUUUUUCCUCUUUUUUUUUGAUUCGAUGUUGUGGGAUUCUUUGUAGCAUCUAAGCAGAAUGGGGUCCGGACAACGAAAUGCAUCUACGUCGUCAUCUUCGGUUCCGUCUGAAGACCCGUCGAUCACAAGCCUCCGUGAGAAGCAUGAGUUGGAACUAAAAAAUUUGACAUUAACAACCCAACCUUUCAAGACGUUGAAGCUUUCCUCUUUGGCUACUAUUCAAUAUCUGAAGCAUUCCAUAUUAUAUAUUUUGAGAGAAGGUGGUUGGGUUAUGCUCUUGGGUACUCUGUUAGCAGCCAUUGUAAUUCUGCUUAUAACCAUUGAUGGACCUCAUGAAAAGCAUGUUCAGGAGUUUCUUCGCUAUUUCGAAUUUGGACUGUGGUGGGUGGCUCUUGGUGUAGCAUCGUCCAUUGGUCUUGGAUCUGGUUUGCACACAUUUGUGCUGUAUCUUGGUCCACAUAUUGCACUGUUUACAAUAAAAGCUAUGCAAUGUGGCCGAGUUGAUUUGAAGACUGCUCCGUAUGAUACAAUUCAACUCAAAAGAGGUCCAUCAUGGCUUCUGAAGGAUUGCUCGGAGUAUGGCCCCCCAGUUUUUGCAUCAUUGCAUGGUUCAAGGGUUCCCCUGAGCAGUAUAUUGCCACAGGUUCAGUUGGAGGCUAUUCUGUGGGGUGUUGGAACUGCGCUUGGAGAACUUCCCCCUUAUUUUAUCUCUAGAGCAGCACGUGCUUCAGGAAGCAAGGUGGAUGCAAUGGAAGACCUGGGCUCAUCCUCUGCUGGCAAUAAUGGUGUCAUUGCGAAUCACUUGGAUCAAAUCAAACGCUGGCUCCUUUCACAUUCACAGCACCUGAACUUUUUUACAAUUUUAAUUCUUGCUUCGGUGCCAAACCCACUAUUUGACCUUGCUGGCAUCAUGUGUGGGCAAUUUGGGAUUCCGUUUUGGGAGUUCUUCCUUGCAACAGUGAUUGGAAAGGCAAUUAUUAAGACCCACAUACAGACAGUUUUUAUCAUCUCAGUUUGCAACAAUCAACUGCUAGAGUGGAUCGAGAAUGAGUUGAUUUGGGUUCUUGGCCUUAUCCCUGGGUUUUCCUCCAUCCUACCUUCCCUUGUAGACAAACUACACAUGAUCAAAGAGAAGUACCUGGCUGCUCCAGCUCCAGUGCCCUCAAAUAUUAAGGUGAAGAAAUGGGAUUUUUCAUUUGCUUCAAUAUGGAACACUGUUGUGUGGCUCAUGCUCAUGAACUUCUUUGUCAAAAUCGUGACGGCAACUGCUCAGAGCUUUCUCAAGAAGCAGCAGGAAAAGGAAUUGGGUGCACUGACUGAAACAGUAAGACAGUCUAGUGGGAAGUCUAACUGAGCUCAUGAAACCCCUGAUAUACCCCAACCUUUAAUUUUUUAUUGGAUCCAAACAGAGAAUUGAAAUUGAGUGGCAUCCAUUGUCACCACUGGGGUCUCCCCAAAGCUUCGUCUGCAUUAAGCCCUGUUAAAGAUCCUGUAUAGAAAAUGAACAUGAAAAAAAGGGAAAGAGAAGUCACAGGUUUAUUUAUUCUGUGAUGGGAGGCUAUGUUGUGGUUGGGUGUAUUAGCAGAAUUUUUAACUACCAUUGGAAUUGGGACAGUUUGGACAUUGUAUUCUUUGGGUAAUGCAACACGAAUUAUUUGCCUUA